AUGGCGGCCCACCGUGAUGCAAGAGUGGCUAUGGAAUAUUUCAUCUCGAAGAUUGCUAGGACUACAUGGGUUCAAAACAUCAAAUCUAGAAGCCUCGAAGAGAAUCUUGAUCUCUUGAGGACCGAAAUGCAGGAGUUGGAUAGCUGGCAGACUGAUGUAAUUAUUGCACUUCACACAGCCAAGGUAGCGGAUGGAAAGACGCCAAAGGCAGAGAUUUGGGAGUCAUUGAUGGAUCAUGAGGUCAGAAUUAUUGGUGUGUAUGGUAUGGAGGGCGUUGGCAAGACGACCAUCAUGACCCAAAUGUACAAUAGAAUAAAGAGCUCCAAAAUAUUUGGCAUUGCUAUUUGGGUAACGGUUUCUAAUGAUUUUAGUAUUGAAAAACUACAAAAUCUUAUUGCACAAGAAAUAAAAUUGGAACUUUCCUAUGAAAAGGAUGAAAUAAGAAGGUCGAUGAAACUGUUUCAGGCUUUGAAGCGAAGGAAAAAGUUUGUUAUCAUCUUAGAUGAUAUGUGGAAACCAUUUCCAUUCGAAAAGGUAGGGAUUCCAGAGGGCAAUACAAACAAAAUAGUAUUGACUACUCGAUCAAAAAAUGUGUGUCGAGGUAUGGGGUGCCAAAAAAAGUUUGAAGUGGAGGUUCUCUCAAGAGAAGAAGCAUGGGAAUUGUUUAAGGAAAGGCUUGGGGCUGAUGUGGUGCUUUCUCCGGAAGUAGAACGGAUUGCGAAGCUUGUUACCGAAGAAUGUGGUAGUUUGCCACUUAGAAUCAUCACAAUAGCAAGGGCAAUGAGAGAAAAGAACGACAUUAGAGAAUGGAGAAAUGCAUUAGAGGAGUUAAAAUGCUCUACGAUGGAGAUCGAAUGCAUGGAUGAUUAA